AAUUUCUGGUUGGAGACAAGUAUGUGAGGUUUAUUGUGGACUUGUAUUCUGGUAUACAGACAAAGCAGUUGGGGAAAAUUGCUGUGAAAAGAAAUAUUUAUCGUGAAAAUCUAUAAAAUUAUUGCAAAAUACACCAAUAGUGAUAAGUGAGUCGCAAUCGGAAUUAGCGCAAACUUUGAAUGGAGCAGUGCGACGUGUUGGACUUGUGAAUAUUGGCUUGCGGUUGGCCUGCUCCAGUUGUGCGUGUGUGUUUUGCAUGCCCAGUGUGAGAAAGUGUGUGGGCGUUAACUAAUAUAAUCAAAAUAUUUGCAGAUUUGUUUUAGUUUUCUUCUGAACUCUUUCACUCUGUACAAGUUGACAAAAGGCCACCAAAAUAAGCCAACGAAGGAGAUUUUAUACCUGUAACUCGUUAAUGCUGAAAGCUUUGCUCGGCUCAGAGUCCACAGAUUCGACAGAAGACACAGGCGGCGGUGGCAGCGGUGGAGGAGGUGGAGCUGGUGCGGGUGGUGGCGGUGGUGGGGGUAGCAGUAGCCUAGCAUCCAGCUCUGUUUCGAGUAGUUUGAGCACUGCAUGUGGCAGUGCGACUGGUACGGGUGGUAAUUGUAGUCAAUCGGCUUGCGGCGGCAGUGUUGGAGCCGGCGCUGGCAGCGGUUUCACUUGUAGUCUCUACUCCUCCAGCGGUUAUUGCAGUGCCUGCCAAGCACCUGUGGAUAGGUCACACAGCAACACAGGCAGUCGUUCCAGUCGUAAGAGCUCUUCAUCGCGCAGUAAAAUGUCACACUCCAACUCCAGCUCAAUGCGCGGUAGUAGCGGUAGCAGUUGCCGUAGUAGCGGCGCCGUGUGUACUUACGAUGUGGGCAGCUGCAAGUCCAUAUCGCCGGGCAGUUAUAGCUUGAAUGCCUUGAAUGUUGACUUUAGCUCGUACACUGCAACGCAUCAGUGGACGAAAAUGUUGGAAUGUGCUGAGUUCGUGGGUGCUAAGCGUAGCAAACACACUGUGGUGGCAUAUAAGGAUGCCAUGUUUGUUUUUGGUGGCGACAACGGCAAAACGAUGCUCAACGAUUUGAUUCGCUUUGGCGUAAAAGAUAAGUCGUGGGGUCGUGCUUGUGCUACUGGCACGCCACCGGCGCCGCGCUACCAUCAUUCGGCAGUGGUGUACGGCAGUUCAAUGUUCAUCUUUGGCGGCUAUACGGGCGAUAUACAUUCGAAUUCCAACCUGACGAAUAAAAAUGAUUUGUUCGAAUACAAAUUCCAGAGUGCUAUGUGGGUGGAAUGGAAGUUCUCGGGACGAAUGCCAGUGCCACGCUCCGCGCAUGGUGCAGCCGUCUACGAUAAUAAGAUGUGGAUUUAUGCUGGCUAUGAUGGAAAUGCGCGGCUAAACGACAUGUGGACGCUUAAUUUAACAGGCGAAAACCACCAGUGGGAGGAGGUAGAACAGAAAGGUGAACGCCCACCAACUUGCUGCAAUUUUCCCGUCGCUGUUGCGCGCCAUUGCAUGUAUGUCUUUUCCGGCCAAAGUGGGUUGCAGAUCACUAAUUCCCUCUUCGAAUUCCACUUUAAAAGCAAAACCUGGCGUCGCAUCUCCAAUGAAUCUGUAUUGCGUGGCGCUGCCGCUGCGCCUCCGUCUCGUCGUUAUGGCCACACCAUGGUGCAUCAUGAUCGCUUCUUAUAUGUCUUCGGCGGUUCUGCAGACUCAACAUUGCCCAAUGAUUUGCAUUGCUUCGAUUUGGACUCACAAGUGUGGUCGGUGAUCACACCCGAGGCGAAUUCGGAUGUGCCCUCGGGACGUGUAUUUCAUGCUAGCGCUGUCAUAGGUGACGCUAUGUACAUAUUCGGCGGCACAGUCGACAAUAGCGUGCGGCGCGGUGAUACCUAUCGCUUCCAAUUCUCCAGUUAUCCCAAAUGUACGCUGCGCGACGAUUUUGGCAAAUUCUUUCACGAUAAACAAUUUUGCGAUAUACAAUUCAUUGUUGGACCCGAGGAGAUCAAAAUAUUAGCGCAUAUAGCCUUUGUGGCGGCGCGUUCGAAACAUUUGCGCAUAAAAAUUUUAGCAGCACGCGAUGCGCGUCAACAGCAAAUGGAGAAGGUCUUUGGCCCAACAAUGGAUAUACAUUGCGCGUUGGUUACAGCCGGUGGCGAUCGUGCGCCCAUGCUGGAGGUGCGUUUGGCGCAGGCUUCGCCAGAAGCGUUCGAAAUUAUAUUGAACUACAUAUAUACGGAUCGGAUUGACCUAAAAGAAUCGUAUAGCAAAAAUAUAAUAAUAUUGAUAACCGAUAUAUACCAGCUGGCGGGCAGGUUUCUGAUGCCACGUUUGGCUCAGGGUUGCAUACAAUAUUUGGAUUUCAAGAUCAACAAACAGAAUGUGUUGGAGGCACUGUACAAUGCGGAUAAGAACAAAAUCCAAAUCAUUAAGGACCAUUGCAUGCAGUUCAUAACAAAGGAUGAAAACUACACCGAUGUCGUAAUGUCCAGCGAAUUUGGCGAUCUGGAUAAAUCGUUAAUAGUUGAAAUUGUACGCAGGCGCCUCAACCCUGGCAAAAUCGUUUUGGAAAGCAAUUUUGAGAAAAAUGAUGGUACCACUUUGGAGAGUGACAUGGCACUCUUUCUGGAAUCGACUGGCAAGGAUUUCUGCGAUAUAAAUCUCAUGCUUGACGGCCAAGUUAUACCAGCGCAUAAGUCCAUUUUAUCGGCGCGUUGCACCUAUUUCCAGGGCAUGUUUCGAUCAUUUAUGCCACCCGAUAAUACAGUGAAUAUUCAAAUUGGCGAAAUUUCGCCAUCACAGGAGGCAUUCCAAUCGCUACUGCGCUACAUUUACUAUGGUGAAACAAAAAUGCCCCCACAAGAUGCGCUAUAUCUCUUUCAAGCGCCUUGCUUUUAUGGUUUGGCCAAUAACCGCUUAGCCGCAUUCUGCAAGUACUCACUCGAGCAUAACAUCACCUAUGAGAAUGUGCUGCAGACACUUGAAGCAUCAGAUAUUACGAAAAUCUACGAUAUCAAAGAUUAUGCGCUGCGUUUGAUCGUCAAGGAUUUUACUAAAGUGGCACGCUUGCCGAAAAUUGGUUCGCUCUCACGUGAGCUGUUGCUAGAGAUUAUAGGCGCUGUUGCCGAUUCGCAAGGCGAGUUUUUGACACGCAUUAGUCUCAAUACAGACAUCUGAAAUUUGGUACUGCUAUGGCCGGCAUUACAAUUGCUCUUGGCUUGGCUGCAAAUUGUUGGUGUACGUAGUGGCGAUGCUAGUGAGAUCGACGUUGACAACGGUGGUGGCGUAGUUAGUGACAACUAUGCGCCGGAGUCCGAAGAUGUAUGACAUACAUCUUUGAAGUAAGAAAACAAAAAACAAUAGGCAACAAACGCGAUAGAAACAAAGCGCGGAGUAGCGGAAUUUGUUCAUUUGUUGUUAAUUUUUUGUAUCACUACAACUCUCGCCCAUCACCAAACGUAUUUAUUGUAAGUGUAGGCAAUAAGUUUUGUAGUGAAACGUAUUAGUUAUAUUUUUAACUAAAGAAACCAACAAAAACGAUGGCCAAAUUACACCUUAUAGUAUUUGUUACACCCCCCCUAUUGCGAGCAUAAACCACUAUGCACGAAAAGUAAUUUUUGAAAUGUUUUCCUUAAAAAAUGUUCCCAUAUGUGAUAUGAAAAAAAAUGUUUCGAAGUUAAACUGCAAAAUUUGAAUGAAAUAAUUAGUUGUAGAACUAUUUAAGAAGCUGUUAUUUUUUUAGUUUAUAGUCGGAACUUUUUCUAUCUUCUCUCCAUUGGUUGCUUUUGCUUUAAUAGUUAAAAUUAGCAAAUUUCUCAAAUAUUUGUUAUUGAAUUGACGAUUUUUAUUAUAUACUUUUACAAAAUAUUUAAUGAAAUAUAUGUAUGUAUGUAUGUUCUUAUAAGCAUAUUUGUUUAUUCGUGCAAACGAAGGGAAAAUGUGAAAAAUGUAGCUCUCAGUGCGGCCAAAUUGUGCGAAUCAUAACCGUCAGCAAUUGAAUGACAGUAAAACAGUGUUGUUGCGACAAGCACAAAUAAAGUUUUGAAAAUUAA